UUACAAAUUUUAUACUAAAUAUGUAAACAAUAUGUGUGUUUUAUACCAGUGUAGUAAAGUUUUAUUACAUCUGUAUUACAAACACGCACUUGAAAUUCAAAUAUCAAAGUUUUUCUUCUUUAUUUGAACAUGUCUAAAUAUUCUAUCAAAUUUCUAGGAUUAAAUCCAACCGUGGACGAACGGUAUAAUGUUAAAGUGAAACGAGGUUGAUUUGAAGUUAUCUGAAUAGCUUUUCACAAAGUUAGAUUUAAAUUGUCUGCGUGGAGCUAUCAUUUUUAUUCGAUAGAUUGUCGGUGCGUAGCAACAGUUAAUUUAGUGUUAAAAACCUCGCAUUCGUAUUAACAUUUACUUUUAACGGCUGAAUAUGCUGGAGCAUAUUUUUUUCUAGAUAUUUCGUUUUAUUUGUUUGUGAGUCUGCUGCAGAAUUUACAUUCAUUGUCGCAGACGACAUCCAAUGAUUUUUUCCCGCGCUUGUUUUAUCUACAUCACAUGAUAAGUGUUAUAACAGGAGGGUAAUAAUAGAAGAGGAUGCUGUUAUUAUUGAUACAACUCUAAAAUAUAAUGUGCGAUAUAUAGAGCUAAUAUACCGUAUUCUCUAAACUUAAUAAGCGCGUGCAGGAUAUUUACUCCGACAGGAAUUCGUUAAACAAAGUGUCGGAUAGUCCGUUUAUUCUAUUGAUAAUCUUGAUAGAAAAGGAAUAUUCAGUCGAAUGAAAGCUGAUGAUAAGUUGAUAGAUGUGACGUGAUGCUAUGAGUUAUUGGAUAUUGCGUCUGCAUUGAAAUGACUUUUAUAACAUUACCGAAGUCUCGGAGAAGAGGGAAAGGUUCGGACAUUUUGGAAGAAAAAAGGAAUAACACAUUCGUGCCGAACUCAUGUCAUGGAAAAACGGAGAUGUUUAUGCCGAUUUCCCGUAAUGGUCGGGAGACAGUAUUCCUGACAGUUCUUGUGCUUGGAAUAUUGUUUAAAUCAGUUCACGCAUGUGAUGUUGACAGAUGUUGGGAGGAAUCCCAGGUUGCCUAUCAAACAUUAAAAAGGCAAUUGUCCUCUUCUGAGGCUAAAGACACAGAUAUUCGCUGUACCAGUCUCCGGACGUAUUUGCAUUGUUUAGAAAAUUUACAUGGAUGUAAAGGGAUCAUAAAAUUUCAUAGUGUGAAAAAAGUUGUGAAAAACCAAAUGAGUCAUUAUCAGUGUGACCCAAGUUUAGAAAUUUGGACAGGGACACCCAUCACUCUGCUGCCUCCCGAUGAAUUGUGUACGUACCAUGGUAAAAAAGAGUACCGACAUUGUGGAUUAUUUGGGGAUCCCCAUAUUCGUACAUUUGAUAACAAGUUCCAAACCUGCCGUGUACAAGGAGCAUGGCCAUUAGUUGACAAUGAUCAUCUAACAGUUCAGGUUACGAAUGAAGUUGUUUCUCGAUCAGUCCGGGCAACAGCUACUACAAAAUUGACAGUGCUGAUCAAAGGAAAUCGAGAUUGUGCUUCAGACAGCUACAUACUUUACCAGGCUGAUUCGUACAUGUUACCAGGUUCUUUCAAUGACGGCCAGACUAAAUACGGAAAAUCUCACAGCGUGUCUCUCGUGGAAAUUGACCCAGGCAGACAUGUAGAGAUUACUAUGAAAUACAUCGAUACCAAAAUUGUUAUUCGUCUUGUAGGGAAUUAUUUGACAUUCUUGAUUAGAAUGCCGGAGCAAUUGUUGCCAGUGAAUUCCACAAACAAAAACAACUUAGAGCUGUGUGUUCGCGGCUGUCCCAAAAGUGAAAUCAUUGAUUAUAAAAAGUUUUUAGCUUUAAAAGAGAAACAAGUUAGUGAAAGUGAUGUGAAUAUGUCACGACAGGAGGCUGAGGAUCUAUGCCGAAGUGCCAAUCUUGUAGAUUUCUAUUUCGAUUCCUGCGUGUUCGAUUUAUUGACAACGGGGAACGAUACAUUUAUAUACUCCGCAUUAUCCGCGUUACAGGAUGUGCUUAAAUCAGAUCCAGAUUUCCAGAGAAACAGUGAAAAUAGAACUAAACUGACCAUAUACGAUAAAAUGUAUAGGGACGUAGGAAAUAGUGCACCCUGUGUUAAGACUAGCUAUUUAAAUUUAUUGACAGUUUUUGCUUUAAUUUUAGUGUCAUUUUUCAAUUUGUACUUGUGCAGGACGUAACAACGGUGAACAGGUGUUUCAACAUGUCAGUAGAGAAUGUAAAUCUUUACUAACAUGUUGUGAUACCUGUCUUCAACAAACACACACACAACACACAUAUUUACAGACUUUGUAAGUCUUUAACUCAAAACCCUGCCAUUUUCAUAUAUAUAUAAAACAAAAUGUUCAAAUUCAUUAUUUCAUUAUGUUUCAUCUCAUACAAAAGUCAUUGACUCAUUAAUUUUGUGAUUAAUGCCAAAUCCAAAUGUUUUAAAAAUAAAUUGUUAUUACUGUUA